AUGUAAGAACCUAGUAUUUCAAAUUAAAUUGCACAAUCUAUGUUUGACAGCUAUCUUCCUGAUAAUUCAAAAUAUGGGAGUGUCAUGGAUUAGAAUAGUAAAUUUGAAGAAAACUCAUAGAAUUUUUAUAAUAGAGGCGCAAAUAAAAGGAAAUAAUUAUUUUUAGAAGAAAAUAAUGCUGAGAUUGAUUGCAUCAAAUACAAAAAAGAUGAUGAAUAAAUUGAUUUUUUGUCAAACAAUUAGCUUGACGUAUUUAGCACUCGUAACAACUUAAAUCACAAUGAUAUAAACAUCUAAUAGAGUGAAUAAUAUGUUAUUAAUUCGCCAAAAUAAAAUCAAACACAUGUCCACUCUAAAGGAAUGUAAUAGUACAUCGAUUAAUUUCCUUAAUAGGCCAAAUAAUCUAUGGAAUACAACUUGCAUAAAAGGUUAUUUCAAGAUUUAAAAUAGGAAUAGAGGAAAUCAUUUCGCAUAUAAUAAACAAGAAAUGGAUCGUUUCGUAUUGGAGCUGACAGUGCCAGAAUAAGAGACGAUUAGUCUCAACAAUCAAAUAAUUUGAGCAUAAAUCCUAACUUUUCUAAUGCUCUAGGACCUUUUAGCAACAAUUAAAGUAUGUUUUUUAUAAAUAAUUAACUUAACUUGAAUACUAACUUGAACGGUAUUAAUGUUAGCUCAAAUUUUCAAAUGAAUACUUAGUCUGGAUCUAUUGAUGUUUAUAAAUAACUAAAAAAGAUGAAUCUAUUAACAAACAAACAUUAUUAAGUGGUUAAUGAUCUUUCUUACUCUUCAUCUGAGUAUAACUAAGAAAAGUUAUUAUCUUCUUUUAAUUAAAUGUCUAUAUACUCAAAAUUACUGAUGCUAAAAAAACUACAAUGUUGCAUACCAGUUCUUAAUCCUGAGACUUUUGGAUGCGCUUUGUGGGAUAUUUUUUAUGGACUAAGUAUAUUGACAUACUUUUUUUUUAUUCCAAUUAACAUAAGCUUUAACGUAGAUUUGUUACCUCUCACCUAUACCAUAUUAUUAUUUUAAAUAGUUAAUAUAAUUAUAUCCUUUAUAAAGGGUUACUAUUAGUAAGGAAUACUAAUACUAGACAGAAAAUAAAUUAUUGUUAAUUAUGCAAAGACCUAUUUAUUUUUUGAUUUGCUCAUCAUAUUUAUUUUUAAUAAAUAUCAUAAUAUUUUAUGCUGGCUAUUUUAUGGUUACAUUGUAAAACUAAAAAGAAUAAUUGAAAGAACAGACAAUUACUUUUAGAUAAUCCGCAAAUAUCCUACUUUAUAUGAACUUUCUCUGCUAUUUAUAACAUUACUUCUUAUAGGUUAAAUAACAGGAUGCGGCUUUCAUUACAUAGCGUAUAAAGAGCUUUAAUUAAAUCCUGAUUCUAAAACUUGGCUAUAACUACCUAAUUUAUCACAAGAUAAUAACUGGGUAUCUAUUUAUAUAGCCAGCCAAUACUUUGCAUUUAUUACUAUGAUGACAGUUGGUUAUGGUGAUAUAUAUCCUACUUCCUCAAACGAAAGAAUAUAUGUUAUAUUUAUGACUCUUUGCUCCUCUGCUAUAUUUGGUUAUGUUAUGAAUACAAUUGGUCAUAUUUUGCAAGAAAGAUCAACUAAACACUCCAACAUCUAAAAGAGAAAGCAAGACAUAGUGUCUUACUUAAAUGAUAGAAACAUUGAUAAAUCACUAUAAAUAGAAGUUUUAGAAUACUUAGAUUUCUCAUAUAAUCUUGAUUAAAAAAAUAAGCAAACAAUAGAUAUUUUGUUUGAACAAAUCCCAAAAAAUUUAACAGAUUAAAUUUAUAUUGAAUAUUUUGGAAAAAUUAUUCAGUAAAAUAAAAUUCUUAGCAUUAACUUUAGCAAAGAAAGUUUGGACGAAUUGUCCUUAAAAAUAAAGGAAAAACAUCUCUAUCCAAACGAAUAUUUAAUUUAAAAAGGAACUCAAGAAGAAAGAGUGUAUUUCUUGCUUUACGGAUAACUAGAAAUAAUUAUAGAGACACCAAAUAGAUCUCCAGUAGUCUUUUAGGAAAUAAAAAAAUAAGGAGAAUGCAUUGGUUUAAGAAAUGCAUUUAACGAAAGUGAAUACACUUACCAUAUAAAAUCAAGUGAAAAAACAGCUACCUCAUUAUUUUAUUUUGAAAUGAAGGAUUUUAAAGAAAUUUUAAGCAAAAACUAGAAAGAUUAUGAGAAGUUUUGUGAAUUAAAAGAUGAAAUUACUUUCGGAUAGUAAUAUUUAGAUCAAAAGUGUUAUUCUUGCCAAAAAUAUAGUCAUUCUAUAGAAAAUUGUCCAUUAAUUACAAAUAAUAUUUCGAAAGCCAACACUAUACUUAGAUAUAACCACAUUGAGAUACAAGAAAACAGAAAAACAUUUGUUAGAAAAAAGAAAGAAAAAUUUAGUUGUUCUUAUUUGAAUGAUGUUAAAGAAAAUAUUAGAAACUUUAGAUUUAUUUUAUCUGCUUAAUACUAUCCAGAGUAUUAACAAUUUAAAAGUUAAAUCAUGGCCUACGAAGAUGAAAAAUUUGUAUAAGAAUUGCCAGAAUUAAUUGCUUAAGAUGGUAUUAUCAUACCAAAAUAAGAUUAAUAUGAAGAUGAAAAUCCUUUGAUUCCAAUAGAGUUAAAUCAGCUGCUUAAUAAUGUUAAUUUAUAUUAGAAUGAGUUAGAAAAGUAACAUAGCAAUGAGAUUUCUUAAUCUAUGAACUCAUAUUUAGAUGCAAUAGCAUAAUAAAACAACAUGCCUUUGGCGUAUUCUAAUAUUAAUUCUAUGGAAAAUAACAUUAAUUAAAUAAUUUAGUAAAGCAGCAACCACUUUAUUCAAUAGCAAAAUUUUUAAAAUUAUUCGUAAAUAAAAGUUCCAUCUUUUUAAAAUAUCUUGCAAUAAAAUGAGAACCCUAUUAUAGAUUCUAAUCUAAAAGAUAGUGUUAAAGAGCUAACAAAUAAAUCUAGUAGAAGAGAUAGAGGAGAUUCUUCUAACUUAAAAAGACCAAUACAAUCUUUUGGUAAAAUAGUUUAGAUCCAAGCUGAGAGUCAGCAUUCGAGGAUGAAAGCUCCAAGAAAAUAAACUCAAAAAAUUGGUGGCAUUUAUACAUAUGAUUAAUUUUAGCAGGAAGUUCAGCUGAAUAAUGUUGACCAUAGACUUUAUUUUUACUAGAAUUUUGAAACACUAAAAAAUUUCACAAAAUACUUUCCUAAAUAUAAUUCUGAGACAAUUAUUAAAAAAUACAAUACACAUUAAAACAUUAAAAAAAUUCAACAAUAAAAAAGCUUUAAAAACCAUAGCCCUUUUUCUAGAAAAAAAAAAUUUCUACGGGGGUCUAUAAUCCCUUCACAUUUUAAACCAAUGAUAAAUUGA